AUGUGCAAUCUGAAGAAUCCUCCUGGCAACUCCUCAGAUCAUGGGUUUGUAUUAUCAAUCUUGCCCCACAACGUGGCCAAAUCGGCUUCCGAAGUAUUCUGGCAUUAUUAUAGCAAGAAGCCGCAACACUCAUCAAUUGACUGGAUUGAAUCAACAAUUCCAUCUCAGUGCUGGAGCCGAUGGACGUUAAGCAUCCUACUUGAGACCCUUGGCAACUUACAGUACGGGUAUAACAUUUCUGUCAAAGGCUUUGACGAUAAGUUUGGCUACUACGCCCAGUGGGUCAAGGACAGCGUUGGUCCUGCCCUCAGUGACUUUAUGGAUGUUGGAACUGGUCAAUGCAACGCCUUCUUUGACUGCAGAUGGAUUGCAGGUGGCACGGGGACUGCCACAGUUCCAUGCACUCAGAUCAGUUCACUAAACAGCGCCUCAGAAAGUUGGAAUCUUGAGUAUACACUGACUGACUCUAAUGGCUUUUACGUAGCGGUCGCAAGCUAG